UCCAUGUCAGAUAAAAGAUAGGUUACGAUUUAAAUAAUAUAUACCUUUACCGGCGUUGGUAUAAUUCCGGAAGUUGUUCGCUGGAAACGAUAAUGUAUACUUACGAAAAAUAACUAGUAAACAUACCCCAAAAUAAUACAAAACAUAAAUAUAAUGUGUUGAUUCUUAAACUUUGAUUCACACUGAGCUUUGUUAAAUUUAUUAACAACCUGUUAAUAAAAUUCUACAAAUGCCUAAAUGGUCUCUAGUUCAAAGGUUACUGCAAGUACGACUUUCAACAUGUCUCUUUAUUACAUUAUGUCUUAUCGCUGUAAUCCAAUUCUUCGCAUCAUAUGGUUACUACAGAUACGAUCAUUUGGCGCAAGAAAGUUUGCGCCAUCAUCUUUACGUACAACAUAAUCCUAAGCUUAUAACAAAGAAAUCAAAACCAGACUGUAGAUACAAUGAUAUUCUACAGAAUUCCAAAUCGGUACAUAGUUGGGAUAUACCGAGAAAAUUUAAUGAUUUUUUACCAAAUGGCAUAAUAAAUGGGAGCUAUACCCCUGAAGAUUGCACACCUCUCUUUAGUGUUGCUAUUUUAGUAACAUACAGAAACAGGCAAAGUCAAUUGGACAUAUUUAUUCCUUACAUGCAUAGCUUUUUGAAAAAACAAAACAUACAUUACAAAAUAUAUGUAAUUGAACAACAAGAUGAAAGACUAUGGAAUAAAGGCUUACUAUACAAUAUUGGAGCGAAGCAAGCUAUGCUAGACAAGUUCCCCUGUCUUAUCUUGCAUGAUGUUGAUCUCUUACCUCUCGAUGAAAGUAAUCUCUAUGUGUGCCUAAAACAACCUCGGCAUAUGAGUGCAAGUAUAGAUAAAUUUAGAUUUGUACUAAUAUAUAAAUCACUGGUUGGUGGUGUCUUAGCAAUUACAUCAGACCAGUAUAAGGAGUUGAAUGGCUUCUCGAAUCGAUUCCAAGGUUGGGGUGGAGAAGAUGAUGAUUUUGCUGGGCGAAUUUCAAAGCACAAUCUUGAAAUAUUGAGGUUUCCCCCACACAUGUCAAGUUAUACAAUGCUACUUCACAAACAAGAACAUAAAAAUGAUGACCGCCAUCGCAUUAUGGAGGAGAAUGAACACAACUCUCAAAAAGAUGGAUUAAACUCAAUUCGAUAUAGAGUAAGCAACAUUAAAACUCACAGACUGUUCACAAUGAUCAAAGUGAGAUUAUGAUUCAACUGUUAGCUGUUUAUUGACAUAUAAACUAAUUAAAAUUAAAAGAUUGAAAGACAUUUAACACAGUCUCAUGUGUGCUACCUACACAGAAUUUUCAAAACAUUUUUAGAUAAUUUGAUUUUCGUCUCAUCCUCAGCAAUGGAAAACUACACCAUACAUCCAAGUUUCCCUAUUGCUAUCUUAUCCAAGUUCAAAUUAGGCUUUAUCUGUCCAGAAAUACUUACACAUGUGUACCUUUGGUCCUGGCCUGUCCUCGUUCAGUUAGUGUAGAAUUGCGGUCUUCAGUUUCAGAGUAAGGGAACAGUGUCAAUGUUUCCAACCACACAGGACAUUGAUUAUAUCGUAGGUAGGUUUUUGUAGGGUUUAUAUAAAUCAAUUCAUACUGAUCAAUAUUUGAAUGUCUUAUUAGAUAAAAUUAUGAAAUUCUCUUCUAGUCUUAAAAUUUGUUGUUAAAUUUUGUAUAUGUUUAAAAAGAUCAAAGAAACAUAUAUUUAUUACGUAAUUCUAUUAGUGGUUAAAACUAACAGUGUUUGUAAUUAGAUCUACAUAUAUCUCAGAAUAUAAUAGUUACGUGUUCUCAAAUACUCAAAUAUUGAAAAAAUAUACAUGAAAGAUUAAAAAUAUUAUGAAUAUAUUAAAGUUAUUAUUGAAUUUAAAAAACAACUUGUACUUUCGUACAAUGAAUACACUGCUGCAAUCAGUGAAUUUGUAUAUUAACUGUUUUCACUAUAGUAAUGUGCAAUUGGCAAUCUCUCGAAUACUGAUCUUAAUACUCGCGUUGUAUCUCGAAGCAUUUGACACUAAAGUCCAUUCACGUGCACGUGACGUUCAUUAAUUAUUUAAUUUUUAUGAUUUUCGUACAUGUACGGGACUCGACUCGCUUAAGUCUAACCGCGUGUAUCGACCAAUGAGGAACGUGUACUUUAUUCCCUCGGAGUCCGAAUAGUGGAAUGGACUGUAGGCUAAAUAAUUGUGUCAUAAAUAUUACUCAAAUGUACUGUACAUAUAAGUCAAAGCAAUAACUUAAGAUCUAUCUUGUGUUUCGCACAAUCUUUUAUAAAUUUAAAUAUCUUCUGCACCAAAGUAAGUGUCACAUGUUAUGCAAUAACUCACUUAGUCAAUGUUGUACACUUAGGUUUAUAAAUCAAUCUCACCAUAACAAUUAUAACAGUUACAAAUCUAAAUGGUCCCCAAGACUCAUUUGCAACUUCUAAAGAUAAUUGGAGAAUCAAUCGCCUGUCAUUUGAAACCUCUCACUUAAACAUUGUAGCAAAUAACCGUUUUG